AAUCAGUUGUAGAUGAUGGGAGGAUUAAUUUAAAAUUAAACUCCAAAAGUGGAAGAAACAAAAAAGGGAAGAAAGAAAAAAGGAAGAAAUGCUUUUCAUUUUCUUUCCACUAAUACAUUUCUCUCUCUGCAGUGUCCCACAAAACCCGAUCAUUUUGUACUGAAAUAUGUAUAUAAUAAUAAACUUCCUUUUCUCUCUUUGAUUUUCAAAAUUUCAAAUACAAAAGCUUUUGAAAGUGAGAUGCCAUGGCUGUCUCUCCAAAACAGAGGAUAAGCUCUCUCAAGCAGGUUAGUCGAGGGAGAGGGAGACCACCCAAGACCAAAUUGUUUAGGAAAAAACUUUCAGCAAUGACUGUGAACCAACAACAAUACGGUGGGUACUCGAGCUCGGGUGUAAAUAUCGGAAAGGUACCGAGCUCGUGUGUAAAUUUCGGAUACAGGUAUACAUCCGAAACAGCAUUUUGGACUCUUAGAGGGUCAUAUGCUUGCAUCCGGAAUAUGAGAAUAAGCUCUUUCAAGGUCUCUUCCUCGUACAUACAUACAUAUACACCAUCGAAACAGUCCUUAGAAGAUAGUCUCUUAUGAAAAGGAGAAGGCUCAAUGUAAUAAACGGAAGAGAGCAAAAUACGAUGAAGUGUACGAAAAUGGCGAAACCAAAUUGGCUGUAAUGGAACGAGCAUUGGAUAUUCAAGCUAAUCUAUCAUCUGAGUUCCCUAGCAUGAUAAAAUACAUGCUUCCAUCACAUGUAACCGGAGGAUUUUGGCUGGGUCUUCCGAAGCACUUCGGCUUGAAUCAUUUGCCGAAGGAAGAUCGAAUGAUGGUUUUGGAAGAUGAAGAAGGGAAAGAGUUUCAAGUUAAAUAUUUAGUGGAAAAGAUUGGUCUUAGUGGUGGAUGGAGAGGGUUCUCCAUUGCUCAUAAAUUAUUGGAAGGAGAUGUAUGUGUCUUUCAUUUAGUGAGACCCUCCAAAUUUAAGGUCUAUAUUGUGAGAAAAAAAUGUUCAGAAGAAGUAGAUGUUGCUCUUGGCCUUCUAAAGCUAGAAUCUUCCACUCAAUUAGUUGACAAUGGGAAAGAACUAAAGAUAUGUGAAAUUUCGGUAGGAAAAACAGAAGAUAGAAAUGACCCCAUUCUCUAUAGUUCUAACAUUGAACCAACUGUGGAUCAAUCCAAGAACAACAGGGUUGAUCUCGGCUCUGAAGUUUCGGACGGAAUCAGGCUUUCAGAAUCCAUUGUUGAUUUUAGAGAAGUGAAGAGUUUCGAGGAUUUUAACAUUCUUGUUAAUGGUUUAGUCAUAGAUUCCGAGUUUUCAAAGUACUUGCAGAUGAAGUACUACGAGCUUUGUUGUAAUCAAAACUCAUUCCUUCACGAAAAUCUUCUCGAGGGACUUAACUGUAAACUGGUUGCCGGAGUCAUUGCCGAGACGAUCAAUAUUGCGGAUGCCAUUAGAGCUGCCAAGCUUACAACUCCCCACGACAGUUUCCUCACUUGGGACAAAACUUUGAGAUCGUUUGAGGGGUUAGGCAUGAAAGUGGGCUUCUUACGUGCUCGAUUGGACAAGUUAAUGAACCUCUUGACGAAGUCGAGGAGGUACAAAGAAGCUAAACUCGAACAAGCCAACUCAAAUGAGGAAAAGCUGAAACUCGAAGCAAAGCUAGCGGAAGUAACCCAUACACUGACUAAACUUGAUAGAGAGAUAAGGUUAUUUAAGCAAGAGAAUGCUGAUGACCUCGAGGCUCUGUUUCGAGAAGUGGCCAAUGGACCUUGGUGACACUGGCCACUCAAUAGCUUUUGUAAUGGAAACUAGUCCAUUAGUGAUGGGGAAUUUUUUGCAUAUAUCUCAAGCACAAGAGAUAGUAUUUUGUGAAGAAGAAAGUGUACAAGUGUAUAAAACUUGGGUUUUCGAGAAUAUCGGGUUAGGAUCCCCUCCAUUACUUUUCUAUAUACUAUUAUUCGAUAUAACUUUUAGUUCCAAAUACACAUACACGAUGGCAUCAUUUAGCAUUACAUUAUACAAUACAAAAAAGAAAUAGCAAUUUAAUGCUAACUUGUGGUUCUUUGUUCAAACCUAGUAACCAUUUUAAAUGAACAUGAUUCUGCUACGUAUGUAUGAGUAUAUUUCCGCUAUGAGAUGUAAAUAGUUUUUAAGACUUAUCC